ACUUUACAAAUAUUUUACAUAAAUUCGACCAAAAGUUUUUUUAUUAAAUUUGUGAUAUUGCCUGAGAGAACAGUAUUAUUAGUUUGUGAUUAAAAUUUAGGAAAUCUAACUGAUGUCGCAACCCGUAUAUUUUUGACGCAAAACUGACAAGUUGCAACGUAGUUGUGAAACCAACGCCCAGAACGCCGGGUGAUGAAUCACACGUGUGAGAGAAAAGAGAAUGUGAGCGCUGUCAUUGUUUCGUCAUUCUUAUACUAGUUCGUCGGCGCGUGUUGUAAAUGAUCCUAGGUUUUAGCAUGAUGAUUUAAAUACAAGUAUAUUGGUAUCUUCAGUCAUGGGUGUCGAACAGUUUGUGGCUCGGUUCCACUCGCUGAGCGGUAAAACCAUCGGAGAAAAACUGAAGAGCCUGAACCACCUGACCAGAGACAUCAGGUCCACUUGCUCGCAGGAGGAUGUCGACCAGUUCAUUGCAGCCGUGAAGCCGGCCAAUAACUUUGAGAAACUGCUGAAAGGCAGACUGAUAGACACAUUCAAGAAGACACGGGACGUGGUGGAUGUCUUGAAGUGUGAAGACAGAUUGUUCAUAAAGCAAGUGCUUGGCUGUGACUGGUUCUUCGAAGGCAGCAGUACCGACUUCCCCACGUGCGAGUUCUUCUUCACAGACGUGUUCCCCAACACGUCGUUCAACACCCGCAACGACAUCAUCCACUCGUUGUCGGUGCACUUGAGGGACGAGCGUGUGGCGGAGCAGUUCUUCAGCGCGGUCAGGAGCGAGUACGGACUCCAGCAGGCCAAGUGCCUGCUGUGCGCGUGCCGUGCACACUUCGUGCAGUCCGUUCUCGACACGGACGGCGCUCGCCUGGACUUCACGGAGCGAGAGGUGACGCGGCUGGUGAGGAAAUUCCCGAACCUAGUGAAAGCAAACAUGAAGAAAUGGUGUUUUGCUUCAUGCAUGGAAACAAUUAUAAAACUCAUGUGUGAUUUAGACGUAAAAUUAUUUAUCGAGUGUUUCCAAAUGAUAAAACGCAGACUAAUUUUUAAAAUUGGCAGACGUGGGAUAAAGAAAAUAAUCCGUUUUGAUCCUGCAUCCAUCAUAAAGUCUGCUUCGAAAUACAUUGACGUUACAGAACCCAAAUAUUUACAUAAAUAUAUGACAGCAGAAGAUUUCACAUACUUUUAUAGAGCUUUAUUUCCUAAUUCAUACCAGUGUCAAUUUUUCUUCAGUGAAUGUCCUGAAGGUAAUUUCUAUAAAGUCGUCGAGCCUCUGAAUCCAAGGAAACGCUUGGACCUGAUGCUCAGUAGUUUUGAGAAAGUGUACGGGGAACAGUUACUGGCACUCCCAGACCUUGUCGGGGAGAAGCUACUCCAGAUGUUGCCAGCGGACAAGAGAGAGACGUGUGCACAGCUGAAGAUAGAGCUGUGCUUGAGCAAAGAUGAAGAUGAGACACUCUGGAUCUGUUACCUGCCCACAGGGAAGUCUGUUCCGACGUUGAAGAAGCUUCUAUUACAGGCACCAGACCUGGAUCAAAGAUGUCGCCUGAUAUCCUAUCUCAUACUCACAUGCAAGGUAAAUGAGGACUUGGAAACGUUGGCCUCUGUUUGUAAGCAUAUUGUGGCAAGGUAUCGCAAUGACAACCUCUCACUAAGAAUUGAAAUACUGCGUGAGUUAUAUAAGAAUUUUGAUUUCCUGAAACUUGAUGAUAGGCUAUGGGCCUCAGUUCAGGAAGUGGUGAAGGUAAUAUUUCUAAAUGCGGAGCAUCUACCUAGAAGAUGGCCACUUUUUGAAGUUCUAAUAAAAUCAGUUCACUUCAGGUUAAACAAUCAUGUUGACAUUCAUGAACAGAUAGACCAUUUAGUACUUAUCUUAAGUUCUUCACAUGAGAGUCAUAACAACUGGGUCAUUAUAAAGGAAGAACCAAAAUAUCAACAAACAGUAUUUGAAGUUUUUGGGGAAAGAAUUCCUCACGUUAAGGGAGUCAAUGUUCCAUUGACCUCACUUGCUCUGUCACUAUUGAGUUCAGUCAGUGAUUGGAACAAAAAUAACAAGUUGUUUCAGUCAUCCCUUAGCAGAUUUUCAUGGGUGGUAGAAGGUCUAAAAAGAAUUGUUGAAACAAACUUGGAUGAUAAUAAGAAUAAAGUCUUAGAACUUCUUAAAACUGAUUUAGAAACAAAACAGCUGGUAUGCUCAGAUGAUUUAUGCAGGGAAGUGGUGUCAAAGGAUUUGUGGUAUUUUCUGAAAAUGGACACAGAAAUGUUUAUUCAGAAUGCUCACCAAGAAUUGGAAUUUCUACUUAUUAGUGAUACUCAGAAAUACAAGCAACUUUUUAGGAUGUGGAAUUUGCUUAGCGGCACCCAGAUUAAGGAAGUGGUUGUCCAGAAAUGCAGAGAAGUUCUCAAGAACGACCAAGAAACACGCAAACAAGCAAAUGCAAUUACUAUUCUGUCAUUCCUUGUGGACUCUGAAAGUUUUGCACGUUUGAUUGAGCCAUUCCAGCCUGAAACAGAUAAAAUCGACCCAGCGGAUGAUAAGACUGAGAAGAUGCUACCUUUGAUCAAAACUUCUGCAAUGUGUUUGAAGAAUGUCAAUCCGUGGAAUGACUACAGCAGUGUAGCCAAGUUUUGCAAGGGAGAUUACCUCAAAUAUGUUCUUGGGUCCUUGAUGAGUGUGUGUUACAACACGAACCAGAGAAAGAUCGUUCCAUUCUUGGAGACGCUGACUGAUUCUCCAGUGUCUGUAAAGAAACACGCAGUGAGGUUGUCGUUCAACAUCGUCAGUAAGCCGCAGCUGAUGUCUCUGCUCAGUAAUCUGUGGAACAGAGACAAGAACCCAGCCACUCGCGAGGUUCUUCUGGCCCUAGUGUGGAGAGCAUUCAUAGAUGUUAGUGCUGAUUUCUUUGCAUUGCUGAAGCACUGCCUGAAGUCCCUCACGACAGAGGACAAGAACUUGUUUGAUAAGUUGUCUAACUCCUUUCCUAUUCCAGAUGCCUACAAGGCUGAGUACAUCCAGCUGUGCUGGGACAAGUUGCACGACUUGCCUCAACAAGGAGCAAAAUCUGAGUAUCGCAUUUCUCAGCUCGUAUCUCAGUCCAGUGAUUCAGUUGAGUUGCUUCCACCCAGCUUUUGUGAACGUGUGCUCAAGCAGUACUUAAGUGACGGGUCACCACUUAAGAGUGUGAGUGUUAUGCUUGCGGUGCAGUAUGCCCUGAGGUCUAGUAGUGAUAUUGUACUAAACGAGCGACUUAACUUGGUUUCAGAUCUGUUCAAAGAUUUAUUAGAACAUAGUGCUUCGGGUUGGGAGGAUGUAGAAUGGUUUGUUUGUCAUUUGGUAAAUUGUGUAUUAUUUGACAAAUAUAGAAAUUCUCUCCAAGUUUUGCAAAAAACUUUGUCAUUUUGGCCAUCUGUGUUCAAUCCAGUCCACAAAUUUGAGAGCUUUAUGUUACUUAAUUUUGCCAAUUUGUAUUUCAUUUACAAGCCAGAGUUUGAUCUGGUCAGUUUCGGCAGAGUCAGCUCAGACUGCGUAUUUUCUGUGCUGGAGGAGUAUGGUCCAGAAGCUGUUACUUUAGUUAGCGAAACGUUCGAGAGUUUUGUAGAACAACUUGGAAAUUCCUGUUAUGAAGACUGCGAGGAGUUAGAAAUACGCUUGAAGGUGAUCACGGGUCUCCUUACAGAACCUGUGCAAAGACAUGCGUACAUAAUGGCAGCUCAUUUAAUUCCUGAAAAUUUCACAAAAAACAGGGCCUUUAAAGACCAGUACAUUCUCAUAAUCCAUAAACUAUUCAAAGUUGAGGACAAGACUGUGAGCUUAUCAAUAAAUUCUUUGUUGGUGUUUGAACAAAAUUUGUCAUUGCUUGAUAGUUUGAUGCAAGUUUGAAGGCUAAUCAAUUUUGUAUUUUUCUUAUUUUGUAAUAUUAAUAGGUAUUUUGUUUGUGAUUUUUAUGAGACAUCCUUGUAUUCUAAAAACAACUUGAUAAAUUUGUUACUUGUUUGUAAAUAUGUAAACAUUUUGUUCUCUGUUUUCAUUGACAUUUAUUCCACUUGCUUGUAUGUUUACCUUGUUGCGAAGUUUUGUGACGUGUCAUGUUGUAAUUUUUUUUUUUUUUCAAAUAUAGUGUGUAUAUAUAUUUAUACAUUCUUUGAUUUUAAAAUAGGUAUAGCUUAAAAAAAUUAAUUUGUAAUUUCAUAUUUGGCCUGCAGGUCAGUUUGAUUUUUAUGCUUGUUAGUUUUAAAAUCUUUUCAUCUAUUUAACGGAACUUUGUACAAGAGUUUUAACCCUUUUCUUUAAAUUGUAAAAGCAUAUUUAGACAAAUAUUUUCAUAACUUCAGGAAUUUAAUUUUAAGAGACAAAGCGUGUUAAGAUGUGUGUGUUUCAUUUUAGGUUUUCUGGUAAGGGAUUACAUUAAGUGAUUUAGAUGUGAGUUAUGAAAAUGUUAUUAAUAAUUAUUUAAUUUUUAUUUAUUGCUACAAUAAAAACAUAUUCACUGCAAUAAGACCCGAUAUUAUUUAGAAUAACUGUACAAUUUUUCACUUGUCCCUAACAGUACCAAAUAUCAAACAUUUGUAUUAGAAACACAGUUUUUGAGGAUUACAUAAAUCACUUUGCAUCAUUAUGCUUGGGGAGAGAGGCAUUAGUCAAUGAUUUUAAACCAAUCUCUGGAAUCACUCUUGUACAUUUAUGAGCUGGGAGUAUCUUAGUGGUUCAUAGAAUUUCUGUUUCGUCUUAUUCUGUGUAACACAUCUGUGCAUCAUAAUAAAAUCUACCUGCUGUUAGUAUUUUAUGUAAUUUUUGGGUAGUAAUAGAAAAGUUGUUUUAGUUUUAAAUUGUAUUUAUUGGGCCUUUAAAAUGAUUUAAGCACUGUCUUAUGUUUCCUAAACUACAACAUUAUUUCUUCUUAUCAUUGCAAGCUGUUAAGAAAAUGUUUACAAUCAAAAUGGUGAAGUUUAUGUUACCAUCCAACAGACAUAGAGCCAGAUUACUUGUUUUUGUAAAAUUACCUGUUUUAUAUAUAUUACUUAUAUAAUUUAUAAUGUAAAGUGUUUUAUCUAAAUUCGAAUGUGUUCAUGUGCAUUUAGCUUUGGAAUACUCUACAUCUAUAUGUACUUUAUAAAAUCAUAUUUUAUUUGUGUUGAAUUAAUUUUUUUUAUUGAGACACAUAAUUUAUUUAGCAUUCAUUAUACUGAAAUCAAUGUUUUUACUAUUAUUGAAUUUAUUUUCAUGAGUUUUGGCACUUUCUGAUUUGUUGAAAGAUUUUUUCUAUUUAUUUUAAGAAGAGUUAAUAAACCUGUAACUUUGGCACUGUACUAUUUGAAUAUUUAGAAUUUGAGUAUUUUUCUAUUUAUUUUAAAAUAUUUUUUAAAUUAGUCUUUUCCUUGUUGGAAUUUUUAAAAAAAUUUUUUUUGUUCUAUUUUUUUUUUGAAUGUAGCUUGUUCAGCCUUAGCUGACAUUUCAAUCAGCAUAAUCCAGUGUUUUUUUUAGUUGAUUGAAGUCAGAUUCUGAUUGAAAGAAAAGGAAAAAUUUUGUAGAAUACAUUAAUCAACCUUGGGUGGAAGCUGUUUAUAAGGAAAUAUUAGCGGUGACAGUUGUAGUGAAGUUUGGUGCAUAAAUUUGUGGUGUAAUUCUAUAGAAACUAUUAACUCCUACCAUAUAUUAUAUUGUGGCAAAUACUGGUAAACUCUUUUUGAUUAAUAUAUAUGUAAUCCCUAUCUUGUGAACUGUGCAUGAUUUGGGUUUGACUAUUCCAUAUAAAUGGCCUGAUAUGCUGUACUUUGUAUGUAGGAAUCACUACUUGCUAUUGAACAAGCAAGUAGCAUCAUAAAACUCUUACUCUUACUCAACAGUGUAGAUUAUUUGGAACUUAAUGCGUUUCUCCACCCCCCCCCCCCCCCCCUCCCUUCCCCUCCAAUUCUCUUCUCAAACAGUAUCAUUUAUCUGAAUUACACUUCUGAAUUACUACAGAGAGAUAUUUUUCUGUUUGUCAUUUAAUAAAUAUGUAGUGUGAAGUUUGUCAGUGUCUUGUAUGUUUUUAUGUUUUUAAUAAUCUUUCAUGUGGAUUUGUUACUAUUUUAAAAGUGUGUUAUAUUAUUUUUUUCCUUGUGAAAUGACGCAUAACUAUACGACAAUAUGGUGUAUGUUCAUUGGUAACAGCUCGCAAGAGAGGUUCUUGCCGUUAGCACGCGACUGAUUGAACUGGUGGUCUGGGUCGACUCGGAAGUCACCGUCCAGAAUGCGCUGUCCUCAACGUCUUUGGCGCGGCCAAACACCACAAGCCAAUCAACCUCAAAACUUGGAAUUUUUUAUUAUUUAACAAACAUAUAGGCCUGUGUGCUGUAUUUUGAACAAUUCAAAUUACUUAGUGUGAUUUUUUUUAAAUUUUUUUUUUAUAAGUAGUCACCAGGGCCAAUGAAACUCUUUGUUAGUUAUAGUAACAAUAACUGUAUUACUAGUUAACAUUUCACGAGUAACUGUUGAAAGCCAAUAAAUAAAUACACACAAACACACACAAUGCAGUUGCUGUAACGGUCCUCUUGGCUGUGAUACUGUUCAAACCUGGCCCCGUUAUGACUGUUAAAAUGAUUACUGAGCCAUUAUAUCCAACUAGUUAGGAGCCCAAAAUGAAAGACCUACAAUUGCCUUUUUUCUUCGAGCAUAACCGUGUGACAAACAACCAUACCUUUUAGGCAUACAGGGGCGCACACAUGCUGUGCAGAGCUCAGAAGAAACCACGUUAUUUGAAAACUGCUCCUGCUAUCAUAGUGGUGUCUGUUUACGAAAAGAAUUUAAGAAUACACUUAGAAUGGAUGAGUAGUGCUUUUUCCGUAGUUUGUUUUCAAACUAUUGUUAGAAGAGUAGAAAUAUUUUUUCAUUACUAGUAAAGUUAGUUAAGUGCCGUGUGAGCGGUACAACAAGGUGAGCUUCGAAAGUCCUCCUCCCUUAAUCACGUAAGGUAAGGUUAUGCACAGAACACAAGCCCUGUGUGGGCGAAGCUAUUAAAAGUCACUGGUAAUGAAAGUCCAUUAUGGUGAGGUCUGGAACACAUCCCGUGGCCGUGAGCAAAUGUGCAUUACUGCACUGCACAAAUGUUCAUCAAUAAGCAGUCUGCAUGUGAAACGGGCCGAGUGGGGCAACUGCAGGGCUGACAACAACAAAGAUUAAUAGAACUUAUGCUAUAGGCGAAAUUAGAUCGGUUGGAAAAGAAAAUUGUGACGGCCCUGCUGUGCUCGUAGCAUCUGCUCCGGAUGAAAGAUGUGUUGGAACUAGUUUUCCUGGGCAGAAGCGACCUCCACCAGGGGUAGUUUUUGUGAGAGACGUACUGCAGUCUUGAGGCAAGGUCUAGGUACAAUUUACGUAGGCAAAUAAACCCUUUACUUAAGUUGGUAAACUGAUUAUAGUGUUGGGUGGCUAGUUAGCCUCUCUAAUUGUCUCCUGUAAAUAGAAAUAAGUGGAAUACCAGCAACAAAACUUAGUCACUGUGGCAACUAUCGUGUGGGUAUAGCGCUGCAUUGGUCUGGCCUGCACUCUGGUCACGUGUGGCAGGUCGCACAGUCGUAUGCCUACUGCACACGCCGCUAAGGCGACACGACGAAGCAUAGCUGCCUUCGCAACCAGAGGGAGCGCUGACAGUCGGCAUCAAGUGUUUUGAAGGUAGAUUUUAUUAGGAGGAUGCGAAGGAGAACGUAGUGGAAAACACUGUGGGUUCAGGGGCUUAAAAAAAAAGUUGAAAAACUAAAAGAUAAUGAACGAAACCAUACCAAAAUAAUAUAUUAAUAAAAGUACUUGAUUAAUAAGUUGUUUUGUAAAUUUAUAUUUAUGUGUAAACAUGACUACUAAUUUUUAUGACUUCUGUGCUUAAUGUGUAAUUUUUCUGUAAAUUAAUGUUGGUGUGCUGUAUGUUUCUGCUUGAUUUGUAAUUCAUUUUGUGAAUUAAAAUAACUCUUUCAUAAAUAGUAAUACUCA